AUCCAGAAACCUUCCUCGCCCCAUCGUCCACCGUUAUAUUCGCCCUCCCGAGCCCCUCUUCCUUCGCUCCUCUCGCAUUCCUUUCGGGACUUCUAUCGAACAUUUGGCCGUCGUCUCUUUUUCUCCCUUUGUUCUCCGCGAAACUGUGGUUCUCUUCUCGAUCUCAUGGCGAAGAUUGGCGAGGGAGACAAGCGGUGGAUCGUGGAGGACCGGCCGGACGGCACCAACGUCCACAACUGGCACUGGGCGGAGCGGGACUGCCUCGAGUGGUCGCGCUCCCUCCUCUCGUCCCUCCUCUCCAACCUCACCAUCCUCGACGGCGAGGGCGGCCUCGCCAUGCGCACCAAGACCCUCGACCGCCUCGACGGCGAGGCCUACGUCAACGUCCGCAAGGGCAAGGUUAUCCCCGGCUAUGAGCUUUCCCUCUCCCUCUCCUGGGAGGGCGAGGCCCGGGAUUCCGCCGGCGGCCCUCCGCUCCUCCAGGUCUCCGGUUCCCUCGAGGUCCCCUACCUCGCCGACGAGAACGCUGACGAGGACCCCGAGGUCAAGAUUACCGUCCGCGACGACGAGGGCCCAGUCGGCGCCCGGAUCAAGGACGCCUUUAUCACCAAGGGCAAGCCGCUGGUGCUCGAGAAGAUCCGCGCUUUCGUCCAGGCCAUGGCGAAGGGCGGGCCGGCCAAGGACGAGCUCGAGGUGAAGAAGCCGCUGUCGGCUGCCGGGAACUCCGCGUCUCCAGCGCCGGCGGCGGAAGGAAAGGCUGCGCCGGAGGCCCCUGGGGCAGGGAAUGCAGCGGCGGCGAAGAAGGAGAAGGUGAAAGAGGGCUUCAAGACGAUAACUUUGACCGAGAAGUUCAAUUGUAGGGCGAGGGAUCUGUACGAGAUCUUGAUGGACGAGAACCGGUGGAAGGGGUUCACUCAGAGCAAUGCGAGGAUCAGCAAGGAGGUUGGAGGUCAGUUCAGUCUCUUCGAUGGGUCGAUCACCGGGGUGAAUGAGGAAUUGCAGGACGGGAAGCUUAUUGUUCAGAAAUGGAGGUUUGCGAGCUGGCCCGAAGGGAUCUAUUCAACGGUGCGGCUGAUAUUUGAUGAGCCGGAGCCAGGUGUCACGAUCGUAAAACUGAGGCAGACUGAUGUGCCAGAGGAAGAUAAGUAUGGCAAUGCUACAGUGGUGGAGAACACAGAGAGGGGAUGGAGAGAACUCAUCUUUCGCAAGAUACGAGCAAUCUUUGGUUUUGGAAUCUGAAAUUCUGCGAAGGGAGGAAAGGUCCAAAUGAUAAGCCAAAAGUACAAAGAAUUGAGGAUGCGCCACCAAAACUGGACGCACAAUAUAUAGCCGAUGGAGAGGAAAUGUGCGAACGCGAGGGCAUCGCCUGGUGUUAGAUAUGUCAUUACUUUUGAACUGGAUCUUCUGUUCAACUUAAUGCGAUAAUAUUAUGGUCAAGCUGAUUCUCUCCUGAAUGUUAGGCUGCUUACGCUACGGCGGAUAUGAAAAGCUAUUUUUGAAAGUAAGUUUAGUUUCCCCGGUUGCUUCAAUUCUGGGCGUUGCAUCGUGUUGCAUAUGCUGUACUUUUGAAUUGGAUCCUUCCGUUUGACUUCUUGGGGAGAAUGUUAUGGACAAGCCGAUUCUGUC